GUGCGCAGCAGGCCUGCGAAAGGCUUGGGACUCGAGAGUUUACCAAGAACUUAAUUAUACUUUGCUUUAAUAUUAAAAGCUUGACCCUUCCCACCGCCCUUGGGAUCCCCCCCCGUCUCUGCACACUUCACAAACCUCGUCAACACAACCACCCGAUCUAUCUCACAACCACUGACUGAUCCCUCAGCAUCCAAGCCUUUCCAAAGCUCAAAACGAACAAACUAAAAAAGAAAAUGCGCGCCAGUGUCCUGUCCCCCGUGCUCGCCGGCCUCGCGGCGCUUGCUUCCCUCGUUGCCGCCGCCCCCAUCGCUCCUGGAAACGAUAAUCCUGCUCCUUCCCUUCGUCCGGCCCCCCCUCGCACCCGCAUCUUUGCCCAGCUCCUCCGCCGCUGGGGUAAGCCCAAGGGCAAGGGCAAGGGCAUCGCGGGCUCUUCCGGCAGCCACGGCGGCUCCAAGCUGAACAUCUGGGAGCCCGGCUACGUCGUCUUUGAGCGCCCGGGCCCCUGGACGCCGACGACGACGACGACUACGACGCCGACGUCGUCCUCCUCGACCUCCUCUUUCUCGCAUGCUGACUGGGAUGCCGCGGUGGUCAUGGUGACGGUGACGGUCACGGUGGUCACGGCGACCGAGACCGGGCACGAGCUUGGUGCAACAACGGAGCCUUCAGCCACCGCCGCCGCCCUCUCCACAGAUCCGGGCACUACGAGCUUCUCUGCCGAGUUGGCGGCCACCGACGUCGUCGUUGCUCUCGUCGCUGUCGCCGGCCCCGUUGCUCGCCCACGUCCUGUCCUCUGUUUCCAGCUCUGCGACGUCAUCCUCUCUCGACUGAGUUCGACAGCUAUUCGGUGCGAGUCCCGUAGGAGUUUCAGUUUUUGGUUCUGUCGGUCGAUGGGCUCGUUUAUUAACCGAAUUGGCAGCAUUGAGGUGGAAACCUGGUCUCGGACUGCCUCCUCAGGCUUCUGGAGAGGUAUCUGCCUCCUAUUCAUAUUCCCAGGCGUGCUGGCGAGGGCAUGAAGAGAUCCUCCUAGAAGUGUGUACAGUCACACGAGGAGAUGGCAAUGUUAGGUGAGAUGUGAUUAGGCUAGGCACAGGUACCGUGGCAGCGGAGCGCAAUAAUAGAGGGAUUGUUAGAACCAACAAACCAGAGCAGGUGCCUUGGGAGAAACAAUGAAGGUGCCAAGGUACCCCGAAAUUUCACGGGAGUGGAGCAAAUGUCAAC